CUCUUGGCCCCCGGCACCGUUGGAGUCUGUGGAUCGCUGGCCGCUGGCCAUACCCGAAACUCAGAUUCCUGGAGGGAGCCGCCCCGUGGGAUCCGCCGUUCGCCGGCGUUGUCCACGGGGUCUGGACCCUUCAUCCGAGGGCCACAUGCCGCAGCCUGCCACCGCCCUCACGGGCGCCCUGGUCGGAACACCUGCGUGCGGACUGGUGCUGAGGAGUUUAGUGGGGGCAAUCGGAUGGUUUCAGCGUCCCCCCGGUACGCCGGGGGUGCCGCCGCAACCGGGCGCCUCGUGCGCCCCUUCCAUUUAACUACAUUCUACCCCCUCGGGGGUCUGGGCUUCCGGGACCCUCUCGCCGCAAGGCGGGCGGGCCUCCGGGACGUCUUGCCAUGA